AUGUCAUCAACAAGUCAACCCGAUGUUUUAUUCUCCAAUGAGAAUAUGGCGAGAUUGAUUACAUUGAAUAGACCACAGAAAUUGAAUUCUUUAAAUACUUCAAUGAUUGAAAAGAUCACUCCUAGAUUAAUUGAAUAUGCUAAAUCAAAUGUCAAUAAUGUUAUCAUUUUAAAUUCUGCCAGUCCUAAAGGUUUAUGUGCUGGUGGUGAUGUUGCUGAAUGUGCCAAACAAAUCUUACAACAGAAUCCUGAAUAUGCUAGUGAUUUCUUCCAAAAAGAGUAUAAUUUGAAUUUUAUCAUUUCAACAUAUUCUAAACCUUAUAUAUCACUCAUGGAUGGAAUUACAAUGGGUGGAGGUGUUGGAUUAUCAGUUCACGCGCCUUUUAGAAUUGCUACUGAAAGAACUAAGUUAGCUAUGCCAGAAAUGGAUAUUGGAUUCUUUCCUGACGUAGGAACUACUUUUUUCUUACCAAGAUUAGAUGAAAAAUUAGGUUAUUAUUAUGCUUUAACUGGUGAAGUUAUGUCAGGUCUUGAUAGUUAUUUAGUAGGAUUUGCUACUCAUUAUAUUCCAAGUGAAAGAUUACCUAAAUUAGUAAAUAGAUUAUCUAACUUACAACCUCCAGUAUUGAAUGAUGAAAAGACUGGUGAAUUAAAGAAUCAACAAGAAUUUUAUCAACAAAUUAAUGACAUUUUAGAAGAAUACACUGAAACAAAAUUACCUGAAAAUGCCAAAUUCCCUUUUACUAAGGAACAAUUGAAAAUUAUCAAUGAAGGGUUUAGUAAAUCAUCCAUUGAUGAAGCUUUAAGUUACUUUAAAGGUGUCAAUAAUGAAUUUUCCUUGAAAAUCUACAACAAAUUAAGUGAAAAAUCCCCAACUUCUAUAAAUGUAGCUUUUGAACUUAUGAACAAAGGUUUGGAAAAUACCAUUAAAGAUCAAUUAACUUUAGAAUUAAUCACUGCUACUAAUAUCAUGAAUCAAAAACUCGAAGUCAAUGAUUUCGUUAAAGGGGUUAAACACAAAUUGAUUGAUAAGGUCAAAGAACCUUUCUUCCCUCAAUGGACAAGUCCUAGAACUGAAGCCGAUGUGUUGAUGAAAGAAUCUAUCAAGACUCAUAAAUUACCAACUCCUUUAAUCAAUGCUUACUUUAACAUUGAUUAUAAACAAUAUCCUUACCAAUUUGGAUUACCAAGAAACAACGAAUUGAAGAGUUUCAUCUCAGGUAAAGAAACCAAUAAGUCUUAUUUACCAACACCAGUAGAAUUGAAACACUUCUUCAAGAAGAAAUACGGUAAUAAAGUUGGUUUGGACUUGAAGUUGGAUAGUAUCUUAGAGUUACAUGGAGAUAGUGAAUCUUUCCAAGGGAAAUAUGUAUCUUGGAAUGAAUAG